AUGGAGGCUACAUCUCCUAGUUCGAUGGCAGCGGGUGCAGGGCCGCCACAAGGAAGCUCUACGCCUUCUCCUGCCCAAGGUACAGCGAGAUCGCGCGGCCCCCUUAAAGGAUCUUCCAUCACCGGGAAUGGAUCUGGAGCCUCACGUCAGUCUAAACCAGAGGUGUCUCGUCACCGACAAGGAAAAUUCUCAGGGGCAGUCUCCCCUGCAUCCUUUGGCGGGCCGCAAGAGUCACUGAGUCAAAGACGGCAGCGGAGCAGCGCAGUUGCAUGCAAUACGGAUGAUGCCACACCAUCCGCAGAUGAUUCAGCGGGGUGGUGCGCAUAUCCCUCUUCAAAUGACACCUCUCGACCUAAGAAGGGGCCCAAGGGCAACUCUCACACGCCCUCUGCAAUAUCCAAGGCUAAAGAGGAGGAGCGUACGAGUGUGCCAGUCGAAGUAGGACAGUCUGGCUCGAAUACGGCCACGACCUCGCUCCGUGUGAGCCAUCGAAACUGGCAAUGCAACUGCAUGCUGCUCUACAGGCACAUCAUGUCUCACAUUUUGGAAUGGCCUACGCUUUCUGUCCAGUGGCUCCACUCAUGCAACCCACGGGCAAACGGCGAAAUUGGGCAAACCCUACUUCUUUCGACGCACACCAGCGGCGGCGCUCCAAAUUAUAUUCUUCUCAUGGAGGUUAGCCUCCCAUCCAGACCGAUCGACGCCUCAGGGCUUCACUACGAGCAGAGACAAGACUACCAAGGAUUCGAAUUCGGCGAUGAGGACACUAGAAAGUUCACUAUCACCGCCCGCAUUCCCCACGAAGGCGAGAGCAACAGGGUACGCGUGUUCCAGGGGAAAGACACACUAAUAGCCAGCAAGGCGAACGACGGCUGUGUCUACCUCUUCGACUCGUGCAAGUUUAACCCCGAGUUAUCCAACAUCGAGGCUAAAGAGGUCCAGGGCGCUUCGCAGCGCGCGCCAAUGCAAGCCAAUGCAGAACUUAUUCUGACAGGGCAUACUUCUCAGGGAUGGGGUUUGGAAUGGAGUUCUAGCAAAGAAGGGUGGCUCGCUUCUUCGGGCGACGAUGGUAUGGUGUGCAUCUGGGACACGCGGGCAUCUUGUAGCCAAGACAAACGCUUAAACGCGCUACACCGGUUGGUGGCCUCCAGCGACCGGAGACCUUUACAGGAUGUUGCCUGGAAACGCGGAGAAGGCGAGGGAGAAGUUAUUGUGGCUGUGGGCGACGAUGGACAAUUGAACUUGUGGGACUUGCGUGUUGGUCCAUCGCCUGUCCAUCGGCAAGCCUGCAACCAUGCCUGCGCCAACGUCCUGGCACUGAACCCUGUCGCUCCCAACGUUUUCGCUACUGGAGGAGCUGACGUGGGUUUGAGUAUCUGGGACUUCAGAGACCUCCGUCGACCUGCACAUCGCCUGUUUUAUUCGGAAAACGAGGCGCUGAUGAGUCUGAAGUGGCACCCGACAAACAAAGCUGUGCUCGCUGCAGGUACAACUGACCGAUUUGUACGCAUAUUCGACUGCUCGCUGAUAGGCGCCGAGCAAUCUCCAGAGGAGGCCGAAGAAGGCGCUCCUGAAAUCGUGUUUGUGCACGGGGGCCAUGUCGCUAGUAUCACUGACCUCGACUGGAACCCUCUUGACGAAGAAUUUUCGUGGGUCAUUGCUUCUGCCUCCGAGGAUAACAUCUUGCAGAUUUGGCAGCCGUCAGUGAAGGCCUUUGAGGCGGAUGAUGCAGACUUCAUGCACGAUGAAGGCAGCAUGGACGAAGAAGUCCUGGACUAA